AUGAGAGCAACCACAAUUUGUCUAUUGGGCCAGCUGCCAGCUAUAAUUUAUGCUGCCAGUACAACCACAACCGCAGGCGCUGGUUUUGUUGGAUCGGGAGGGAAUGCCAGCUCAGUUCAAGCUGCCGCGGCCUCGUCUGGUGUCAAUGAUGCAAGUGAAGGCGCUUCCAGCGAGAGUGCUUCAAGCGAUGAUGCCUCCAGUGACGAUGCUUCCGGCGUCAGUGGAGUCAGUGGGGAAACUAUUUCAGACGCCUCGAGUACGAAUGCGGCAUCACUCGAGACUAUUACAUCCAAUAGUACAGCAACAGGCUCUACCAAUUCUACCAGUACGCCAAUCAUAGUUCAACAAGAUUCUUCAGCUAUUGCUUCGGAGACUGUUGGCUCGCCAUCUAACUCUACAUUAUUGAGCGUAUUCACUUCAGGUUCUGCUACGGUCGCCGGUUCCGAAAGUACCGGUGCAGCUUUAGGAUCAAGCUCUAAUUCUUCAUCAUCGGGGCUUGGAUCUUCAUCCGGGUCGAAUUCAUCAACUGGGUCAAACUCAUCGUCCUCUGCGUCGUCGUCAUCAAGUGGAAGUGGUGCCAAUAUGCUACAGACUCCGCUAGCUGCUGGUUUGCUUGCUGGUAUGAUUGCGCUGCUAUGA